CGGCUGGCCCCAUCUGUAAGGGAGGAUAUCAGAGGCGGAGGGACUGGAGGAGACGGCGGCGGUGGCGGAGGAGGCGGCGGCGCUUCGAUCAGUCGGCGAAGGAAGAGAAGACCAGCGAGAUUAUUUAUUUUUGUACUACAUUUGCGAUUAUUAUUGUAUACAUCCCGGAUCCUGGAUCCCGCUGGCUUUAGAAAUUAGAAAUGACGACGACGGAAUCCUCAACAGAUCCAACAACAACAACUAGUCUCAGUCAUGCCGCCUCUCUUCUCCGCGCCGGCGCUCCACCGCCGCCGCCUUCUCCGCCACGCCGCCGCAUUCGCCCUUGUGCUCCUCGCCGUCGCCCUCCUCUUCCUCCUCCUCGUACACCCCCGCUCGCUCGGCACCCCUUCCCCUUCCCCGUCCUACGGCCACCGCCUCCCCACGCUCGUCGACCUCACCCUAGUCCACGGCGCCAAGGAGAAGGGCGCUGUCUGCCUCGACGGGACCCCGCCUGGGUACCACUGGCUGCCAGGCUUCGGCGACGGAUCUAACAAAUGGCUCCUCCACCUAGAGGGCGGGAGCUGGUGCAGGAAUCGCACGUCCUGUGAUCAUCGCAAGAAAACCAGUCUUGGCUCAUCUGCUUACAUGGAAACCCGGGUCGAGUUCGUCGGCAUCCUGAGCGACGACAAGGCCCAGAACCCAGAUUUUUACAACUGGAACAAGGUCAAGAUCAGGUAUUGUGAUGGUGCCUCCUUAUCUGGAAAUGUCCAAGAUGAACACCAGUAUGGCGCCACUUUCUUCUUCAGAGGCCAGCGCAUCUGGGAGGCCGUCAUGGCUGAACUUCUACCCAAGGGUCUAGCCCGUGCUAAACAGGCUUUUCUUACAGGAUGCUCUGCAGGUGGUCUAUCCACAUACAUUCACUGUGAUGAUUUCCGUGCACUUUUACCAAAGGAUUCUACUGUUAAGUGUCUUGCAGAUGGUGGUUUUUUUCUUGACGUGGAAGACAUUUCUGGGAGAAGGUAUAUGCGGGGCUUCUAUAAUGAUGUUGCUCGUCAACAGGAUUUGCGGAAACGGUUCCCUGGUUGUAGUUCAGAUAUGGAACCAGGGCAGUGCUUUUUCCCACAAGAAGUGGCGAAAGGCAUCACCACCCCAAUGUUUAUUCUCAAUCCAGCAUAUGAUGUUUGGCAGGUAGAGCAUGUCUUGACUCCAGACGGAUCUGACCCUCAAAAUCUGUGGCAAGAUUGCAGAAUGGAUAUUACCAAGUGUAAUACGAAACAGCUUGAAAUUCUACAAGGUUUUAGAAAAUCACUGCUUGAUGCUAUAAGUGAAUUCAAGAAGAAAAGGGGCUGGGGCAUGUUCAUUGAUUCAUGCUUUAUACAUUGCCAAUCCAUGAAGUCUUUGGCUUGGCACUCCCCAUCUGCUUCGAGAAUAAACAAUAAGACUGUGGCUGAAGCGGUGGGCGACUGGUUCUUUGAUCGGAGAGAGGUGAAGGAAAUAGACUGUGAAUAUCCGUGCAACCCAACAUGCUUCAAUGUUGUUCUUGAACAACCCUAUCAGGAAGGCUGACAUGUGGUUCUUCGCCGUUGUAGUUUACCGAUGAUUUGAAGCAGAAUAUACCCACCCCUAUGGGGCUCUCAGAUACAGUAUGUCCAGUUGAAUGGGACACACACUAGUAGUAGUGCACCUCUUGAGGACCGUUCAAACAUAGAAAUAUUGACAAGAUCUUGCCGUGUUGAUGCCUCUAUCAGUUUGAUGACAUAGGCCCUGUUUGGAUGCUUCAGGCUAUUAAAUAGCCCGAAGGAUCCAAACAAGGCCAUACUAUAUGGGUAUGGCAUGCCCAACUUGGCAGUGACCAGAGUGUGUUUGUCCUUGUUAGAUGAAGCUGGAAUGGAACGUAAGACUGGCAAGUACACCUGAUGGCGUUGAGCCGGUUUUUCUUCCAUUGGUUUGGUUGGGAUUAUGUCAAACAUAUGUGUUGCUGUCUGCUUGUCCUCUUGACAGGUAAGUUGUCCGGUCUAAGCACGCAAUUUGUUGGAAGAUUUGCACAUACACUUGUUUC